AUGUCCAAAUAUGUUCAGUGCCAGUAUCAACUUAUUGAUUGGCAACUGCAUUUGGUGACGACGUGGGUGAGGAAGUAUAGUGACAGAUAUGGUAUUCCACUGGAGGCCGCAAAUAGCGAGCGUACUUCGGCGGAGACGGAACUGCUGCGUUCGCUGUCGGUUCCGGACACUGCCGCUGCUCCGGCUGCUUCUGCUAGCGCUUCCGUCGCUUCUUCAGCCGCUGCUUCCGUCCGUCGAUGCGGUGCGGCUGCGGCUGCCAGUCGGACGGCAGCGUAUGUGAGAGAGGCGGUGUCGUCAGUUGAGGGCGGUCUGAGUCGUCUCGAUCCAAUAAUUUCGGACGAGUUACUCGUUUCACUUUAUUCGGACAUUAUUCGCCCAUCAAAACAAGGAGCAUUGUUCAUUUACGAUCGAUUCGCAUUGUUUUCUUUCGGGAUGAAAUCAUACAUUUUGGAAGAAGUUGUGAAUAUUUGCGUAGACCUGAUGAAUUUAUAUUAA